AUGAAAUUGCUGAUCCCUUCCUGCCUGCUUCUUCUAGCAGGGUUCAGCACCCUUGCUGGUGCGACCGACGUGUCGAGCACAGCUGUCCCAACACCACUCACAGCUGAGAAAACCAUCACCAAAAAUGAAGCAGCAUAUGCGAGUAUUGACAACGAUGCCGCACAAGAUCCACUGCAAGUGGGCUCGAUGGCACCGAGCGAGUCGCCCAGACAUCGGCAAGAGAAGGCACACUUGAUGAAGCGGAUGGACCGCAAGUCUGGAAAAUGGGGAUCCACACAUCCACGGUAUCGAACACUCGAGGCUCUCUAUGGAUUCACGAAAUACCGAGAGCGCAACAUGGCAGAGCUGAAUAGGUGGCGUACCAUGUACAGUAACGUUGGGAAGAAGCAGAAGAAAAUGCUGGAAAAGGCCGUCAACUAUAAGAAGAAACUUGACGAUAUUGAGGAGCUCAUAUACACCAACGAGGUUCUCUGCAAAGCCAUCAUUGCCAACGCCAUGGCCUUCUACGGUAUCGAGCAGAAAGAACUGGACGAGCACAUCAAGGACGCCGUAAAGGCAAAGCGCGUCGCAGACCGCAUCUCCACGUCACAAACCCUCAAGCACUUUGUCCGCGACUGGGCCGACGAAGGCUCCAAAGAGCGCAACGACGCCUUCCCCUGCCUGCUCAGCACUCUCAACGCCCUAAAAGCAAACCCCCCCACCAACACACCGCUCAAAAUUCUGCUUCCCGGCUCCGGCGUCGGACGCCUGGGCACCGAAAUCGCCAACCUGGGCGGCUACUCGGUAACACUGAACGAAUGGUCCAUGUACAUGAACAUCGGGUACCGCUUCCUCUCGACCCUCUCCGCUCGCACCCCAGCAACCAUGCACCCCUUCAUCGACACGUUAAGCCACCAUGCCACAACCGCCUCCCUCCUGCGCCCCAUCGCCUUCCCCAACGCCCCGCCCAACCCGGCCGUUUUGCUCGUAGAAGGCGACUUCACCACCGCGUUCCGCGGCCACGAAUCCACAUUCGAUGUUGUGCUCACACACUUCUUCAUCGACACGGCGCGGAACCUAAUGGCCUACUUCGACACCAUCCACGCCCUCCUCGCGCCGGGCGGGCGCUGGAUCAACCUCGGCCCACUGCUGUACGGCACGGGUCCAUUUGUGCAGCUCAGCCUCGACGAGAUCGUCGCUGUGGUGGAGGGCAUGGGGUUUGAGUUUGAGGAUCUGGGGGAGGAGUGCGGGGUGUCUACGUUUCCGGAUGCAUUAGAAGGGGGACUGGGGCGGGUUCGGUGGAGCGAAGCCGAGUACGGAUUCGACAGCGAGGCGUUGACGCGGCACGCGUACCGAGCGCAGGCGUGGAGCGUGCGGAAACCAUGA